AUGGGUAUUUUUUUCACGUUCUCAGGUCUAGAUCCAGCUGGUCCUGCUUUCCGAGGGGUUGAUCAAGAGUGCAGAUUGGAUCCGUCUGACGCCCUCUUCGUUGAUAACAUUCACACGGAUACUAACAGAGUCUUGGGAAUGGGUAUCCUCGAACCGGUCGGUCACGUCGAUUUCUACCCGAAUGGAGGCGACGACAUGCCCGGAUGUCCCCUACUUGAGAUCGCAUGCGAUCACUUCCGAUCCGUCUACUAUUUCGAGGAGAGUAUCCGAUCGACCGGUUGCGCUUUCACCGCCUAUCCGUGCGAGACCUGGAACCAGUACCAAACCGGUCUAUGCAACCGCUGCGGGCUAGCCGGAUGCCCGGAAAUGGGGUACAACGCUGACCAGAGCACAGCCACGGGGUCAUUCUAUCUCUCAACCAAUGACAAGGACACAUACUGCAAGCAAUAACCAUCUGGCUUUUUUGUCACAUAAUAACACAAAUAUUAUCGUUGGAACGCGAAGUAUUAAAUGAGAGAGUGUUAAAAGUAAAGCAUAAAUUAAACGGAUCUGUAGAUUAACGACCGAUCUUCAAAAAAGGUGCAAUUGUAUUCUGA